AUGGAAGCCUCACUUUACCGCUUGGCACACCAAAAUUCGACAAUGCCUUCUUGUGCGAUCGUCGCCCCAGAGGAUAUAUCCUAUUUUUCUUACUACGCAGCGAUACCUUUGACGGCGUUAAUUGUAAUUAUACAACGCCCUUCAAAGCGGAAAGGACGUGGUAACGUGCUGCUCUUGAUCCAUCACGUCGUCACGAACUGCCUGCUGGCUGGAGCCAUCUAUGUCGGCUAUCAUGGAGUCGCACUCCUCGUUCUUCUCAUCCACAACCUCUCUGACCUUUUCUUGGACACCGCCCAAAUCAUCCGAGAAAAGAAAAUGAGCGAUGCGCUGCUAUACCCAUCAUUUGCCGUUUUGCUCUUCUUCUGGGUAUCCACGCGACUCUACACUUUUCCGCAGAUCCUCUUCUAUUCAUAUGCAUACGGAGCACAGCAGAUCCAUGUGAGUUCGAUUUUAAUC